UCUCAUUCUCAUGUCAGUGACUUCAGCAGUGCGGCACAUUUCGAUGGCAGUUACUAAUGUUAAGCUUCUCUCUCUCAGUAGACGGCGGCACGUAUCCAGUACUAUUUUAUCACGAAUCAAUUCAUCUCUCAAUCCCCUGUAUUCACAAGUGGCGGAUUUUUCUCUCAAACGGGUUACAAAGUUGUGUACUGACCCUCUUCCUGUUUGCAGCUUCUGAAAACGAACCGAUCGUAAAUGACGUUUCUGGCGGCGUUGAAGUAAUUCUCCAAUGCAUCCAAUAUAGCAUUUGCAUCACACUGUUUUCGUGCUGUGAGGGUGAGAUUGUGCCGGUAGAUAUGCCUGUAUUCGCUGCCCAUUAAACUCGUUAGAGUUGCAGUUUGUACCUCGUUGGGUUUCUCAUGUAGACUGGUCGCCAGCGCAUAGUCCUCGAAUUCAUCCCUGAAGUUGUUCCAAUUAGUAUUACAGUCACCUGUGAGAACCAUGGGAUUUGGUGGCGGAAUGUUCGCUGCCAAAGCAAUGGAAUAGGAGAUUUAUUUUGUUAAGGGUUGCGUCAAUCGAAUCUGGUAUCAGGAUAAAUAUGACAAUGAGUCACCGAUUGUAUAGUAUUUCCUAUUUAUUAGCUAGCAAUAAGUGGUAAAUGCAAUGUUCAUAUAUACGGGCUCUCCGUCACACCUCGCAGGGCAAACAGAGAACUGACUUGUUCCUGACAAAGAUAUUAUAAUAUACUCUGAAGACAGAAGUAGUUCAUGCAUAACACAUAUACCCACACAAGCCAACAGCAAAUCAUAUUCCAUCACAUAUGAUAUGGUAAGGGCUAUAGUGUAUAACACAGAACCUCAAACUUUUCCUUCAGGUCAUCGAGGUAGGUAGUGAUGCUAGCAAGCCAGCUAACGAGUUGAUCAGUGUUGUAAGUAGGAAACGGCGUGUGUUCGCAAAUGGAACGUAACUGCGCCUAUAGUGUACUUAGUUACAAAAAUAACAAACGUGUGUUUUCCGAGCCACUUCUGAUACAAUGUUUCUGUAUGAUAUGUUGGAUAAAGGAAUAAAGACGGACACAAAUGUCAUGUUCAAUAUCCUUGUUUGUGCAUUGUACAAAUCCCUACACGUGGAGUCCGUGGAACAGUCCGGCUAGUCGAAUACCAAUCAACUUGACUCCGUAAUAGUUAACUAGCUUGGUAACACGUUAGCUCGUCAGUUUAGUUAGAUUGCUUUAGCUAGAAAGCUUUCGAAUUUUGUCACAUUUUAGCCAGCUAAAGUAGGUAGUUAGUGAUCUAGCUAGUGAUCUAUUUAGGUAUAGGAUUAGUUAGCAUCAACUGCUUGUUGUAUUAGCAUAUGUGGGUUAGCUAUCAUGCUAAUUAGCAUGCUAACGUUAUUCUAGCUAGCUAGCAAGCUAACAAAAUACUUACCUCAAUGUGUUUUUUAGGUUCGACGGCGAGUUCUUGAACGCUAAUAUUUCCUGAACCUUUGUUAAACAUAACAGACAUUUUAUCCGGUAGGAUGAAUCCUUUAUUCCGAGAAAAUAAAACAACAUUUAUUUAGAUACAGCCAAGGGUGUUCGUCCUCACCAGGAGGUGGUGGUAGAGCGAUAUCAGACAUGAUUGGGCGUUGAUGACUGUUUCACCCGGUGGGUGAGGUUAUUUUCAUUUGUUUUCAAUCAAAUAUAUUUCAAACCAUACUUUGCAUACUGUACAUGCGCUGCACACAACAUGAUCAAAUCAAGAUUACAUUGCCUUGAAACAAGAAGGCACCAUUCACACCUGUUAUCUGUUUUAUUGUCUCUUUCAUAAAGUCAAAUGAGCUGUAAACGUAUGGACAGUACCUGAAAUAAAAAACAAACAUUAAUGAUGCAAUGAUUGUGUUGAGGAGAGGGUGGGGUAAGUGUUAAUUUUGUAGAGUGUCACAUGGUUAAGGUGAUUAGGCCAGGGGAGGGGGGAAGUGUGUUGCAAAUGACCUCCUUGAGAUGAAAAUGUCUUGUCUUCCAAGGGAACACAACACCCCACUAUUCUAACUUUCUCUUUAGAGUUUGGUAUAAAAACGGCACUGCUGAUCUCGUGUCAGAGAUCUAUAGCAAGAAACAUAUCUUAGAUCCACAAGUUAUUCAGUCACAGAGACUGAGGACUAGACCAAGACUAGAGAGCAACUGACACAGAGCUAAACAACAGAGACAUUUCGAUGGACUGCAGCUUUGUGUGUGUGUCUAUACCAGUAGGAGAUUGGGCAGUGAGGAAGAGGAUAUUUCCCUCCCUGAUACACUUCCCUUUGUCCCAUUUCCAUUGGCUCCCGUCUUGAUGUAAUCAUUGGGAUGCCAGAGGUCAAGACAAUGCCGCACAGACGGGUGCUAGGACCAUGGGGCGCAGGAAGAGAACUAUCUUCACCAAAGAGCACCUGAAGCUUCUGCGGGUGGAUUUUGAUGUUGAUCCCUACCCAAGCAUUGCCGUAAGGGAGCGCCUAUCCCAAGCCACUGGCCUAACAGAAUCCCGCAUUCAGGUGUGGUUUCAGAACAGGAGAGCCAGAACAAUGAAGCACAGGGACUACAAAGUCUCCCCUCAGCCAGAGUCAGCUCACCCUAUCCCCAGUCCUUUUCUACCUACACAGUCUUUCUCCAAACUCCUCCAUGGGAUCAAAGAUGUGACCCACCAGGUCGACAUAGAGGAAGUCUCUUAUGACCAGCCGCUGAGCCACAACCAGAUGCACGAGGAGGACUGCUUCUACGGUCCCUCAUCUUGUCCCCCCACCUUCCCGCUCUCUCCAGGGGAUGCCGGAUACAGCAGUCCCUCAUUCAGUGUGGGAGUGAGACAUGACAGUUUCCUGGACACUAUCUCUCCAGGUGCUUUGCCAGAAGCUCAAUGGUGCAACGUUGCCCAAGAGUUCCCGUUCUGCUCCCAGGGGGAGGGCCAGGACUUCCGCUACUCACCUCCGUCUGGACUUCUUCAUCCCCAGUACGCCCACGGCGGACUCCAGUCCGUUCGUGCCAGCAGCACCUUCGACCCGUUCUCCAGUUGCCCUGCCACACCGGACUCAGCCUGCUGGGACACAGGACUUGAGAACCCCUAUCCCAUAGACCAUGGUUUCCUGUACAGGGAAGUCUCCGAUGAGUACUCAAGUCCUUCUGGGCACUUUGAUGCUAUGCAAGAAGCCCCACUACAUGAACUGUCUUCCCAGUGGCAGGACCAGUAAACACCCCUACCAUAUUCUAGAUCUUCAAUGGCAAGGGUUGCCAACACUCCAGGUUUCAAUAGGUCUAGCUCUUGUGAGAAGUAGUGCUGUUCCGGGAUGGUCUCAAUGACAAAAAUAAUGAACAUUUUAAUUAUGUUGAUGGACUUAUAAUCAAUCCCAGAAUGAGUUCGGCAACAUUAAGGCAUGCCUGAAUGUAUUAGCCAUGUACAAUAGGACUGUUGCAUGAAUGAAUAUAGCUGCUGCGUUAUGUAGGGAGGUAUGUUACUACUAUAAUAUAGUGUUAAUCUAUUUUUAAAACAUGUAUUUUACCAGGUGAGUCAGUUAAAACACAUUUACUGGCUAUAAAGGGUGUAUAAUAUGAGUAGAAUAAUACAUUGACAAUUUAUUUUACAUACUGUAUCACUAUUUAUUCCAAAUAAACACCUACUUUGUGAA